AUGCGCCAACACAGCGAAGGGAAUCAGACGCCAGGCUGUACAUUGCCUCCCUUGGUGGACGUGGCGGCUCUCAUCGCGCGCCAUAGAAGUGAACACGGCUUGUUCCAAGGGUUACCUCCCCUCAUGUCACAUGACGACCUCAACAAUAAACUGCCGACCUACGAAGAAUGUACGUCACAAAGCACAAGGUCAAGGUCUAACACGUCAGACGAGGUUAGUGAAUUUAAGGCGUCUAAUCAACUCCUACAGACGUGUUCUCAUUGUUUCCAGGGUGAUAACGCUGCCACACAAACGUGUGACGUGAAGAUGGAGUCGCAAGACAGCCAUUUUGUUAGUGUGAGUGAAGCUAUGCUGGGGGGAAUGUAUGGCG